AUGAUGACCGUUCGAGCUGUUAACACCUGCUAUCUUCUUUGCACCGGUCCUCCGCCGCCGCUCUCCUCUUUCCGUUGCCGUUUCAACCCCUUCAGGGACUCGGACUUCUCCCGCGGCUGCGGAUUGCAGUUACGGUUGCGGUUCCCGGUACUUCGCUGCGAGCUGGUGAACUUCGGUCAUGGAGGCUUUCGAAGUUGCCUCUUCCACAGUCUCCUUGAAAGCGCCAUGGAAGAGCUCUCUUCCUACGGCAGACGCAGGAAAGGUCCAGCUGCUGUCGUGAAAUUGACGAGCACUGGAGAGCUUCUGGAUUAUAAGCCUGGAAGCAUAACACUGGCGGAGGGAUUGCUGCUGGAGUUCAAGAAGGAUUCGGACAGGUUACUCCUGGCACUGGCACAGAAACCAGAUGGCCGGCAAGAAGAAUUGGAUGGUGUACGAUCAGAAUGGAGUUAUCUCUUCGAUUAA